UCUACUCGUUCUACUAGUUAAACUUCUGAUUAAUGAAUAACUACACUUUAAAGGAAACAAAAAGUGCUUAUUAGUGUUAAAGCGCGUUAGUAAACGUGUCCAAAGCAUCAAAUAAGAAAUUGAUGACGUGGAAAAUAAAAUUAAUAAAAAACUAGUAGCCGGGCAACGGGUAGUAGCCAACGUCGUCUACUGACGCCGUUUACUUCACGCAGUUUUUUUGAACGCAUCAGGUUUAUCCGAACCUGAGGUUCAGACUUAGGCUCGGUUGACCCAACGUUACUUCAUUUUCUUCCUUUCUCUCUCCUACCCGGAAAAAAAAAAAGAAAGUUGGAGAGAGAGAGAGAGAGACCUUAGCUGUAUAGAGAGAGAGAGAAAGGGGGAUUUGGGUGUGCACUGAGUUCAAUAGAGAAGAAGGAUGAGUCAGAUCGCGAGACGGAAGAGGAAAGGUCGUCCGUCGAAGGCGGAUCUGGCGGCGCGACGGCGUAGUGGUUCGUCUCCAAGUGAAUCGGGAUAUGAGCUCCGGCGAGGUCAAAGGCUGCGAAAUGUGAGGUACAACUUCGAUUUCGACGAUUACUUCGACGAAGAGGAAGAGGAUGAUGUUGAAGAGGAGAAGAGGAGGCAGAGGAAGCUGAAGCAAGUCCUUAAGCUGAACCAGAGCCGUGCUAGAGCUGACCCUCCGAUUAAGAAGAGUAGAGCGCGUGUGAGUCACGCGUCUGAUUAUGAAGAAGAGGAGGAAGAUGAUGAUGACGAAGAACCAGAAGAGGAAGAAGAAGAUGCGAGUGAGAAGAGGCAAGUGAAGAAGAGGAAAAUUAACCGUCACGAGGAUGAAGAUGAAGAUGAGGAAGAAGAAGAAGAAGAAGAAGAAGAAGAAGAAGAAGAAGAGAAGGAUUGCGAUGUGGAAGAGGUAGAAGAAGAGAGAGAUCAAGAUGAUGAAGAAGAAGAUGAUAAGGAGAGGAAGAAGAGGAGCGCUUCUGGUAUCAGUGGGACUCAGUGUGAUCACUCUUUAGAAACAACACCUAUCCUUGACAAGAAGCCGUUGGAGUUGAUCCUUGACAAGCUUCAGAAGAAAGACAUCUAUGGUGUGUAUGCAGAACCGGUUGAUCCUGAAGAGCUUCCUGAUUAUCAUGAUAUGAUAGAGCACCCCAUGGAUUUUUCGACAGUGAGGAAGAAGCUUGCCAAUGGAUCGUAUUCUACAUUGGAAGAGCUUGAGGGCGAUGUCUUAUUGAUUUGCUCAAAUGCGAUGCAAUACAAUUCCUCAGAUACUGUGUACUAUAAACAGGCAAGGACUAUUCAGGAAAUGGGGAAGAGGAAGUUCGAGAAGGAAAGGAUUAAGAUUAAACGUGCUGAAAAAGAGCUGAAAACAGAUGAAAAGGUGAAACCUGGCAGCUCUGUGAAAAAGCAAGUUAGACAGCCUUUCAGUCGAAAUGGUCUAGAGCAGCCCGUUGGUUCUGAUUUCUCCUCUGGUGCAAACCUUGCUAGCGGAGGAGCUUCUCAAAACGAGCCUGUUUCAACUCAAACUGGCGGACAUGAAAAGCACAGCUGCAUGGAUGUGCCUUUCGAGGGAACCACAUCCUUGGCAGACAGUCUAGAGAAAGCAGAAGACUUAUCAUCUGGAAAAGGUCUCUUAGGUAGAUGUGGGAGGAAGCUGUCAGUUGUUGAGGAAGACCACCGUGCAACUUAUGGAAAUUGGGAUCAGCAGGACGAUGAUAGAUCUGAGACCAUUUUCUCAACAUUUGAGAGUGAAAUCAAGCAGUUUGUUGCUGUAGGACUUCAUGCAGAACAUGCAUAUGGUAGGAGCCUUGCACGUUUUGCUGCUACUCUUGGACCCGUUGCAUGGAAAAUAGCUUCUCAGCGAAUUGAGCAAGCACUACCUGCAGACUUUAAGUUUGGUCGGGGAUGGGUUGGAGAAUAUGAGCCGCUUCCUACACCAGUACUUCUAUUUGAGACCUGCACACCUAAAGAACCACCUAAAGAAGCAUCUGUGUUUUCAAAACCCAAGUCAAAUGCUACUGCAAAGAAGAAUGAGUCUUUGUUUAAGACUCCUCUACCUACAAAGGAACAACCGAGUAAUAGACCCGUUCGAGAUGGCAACCGUCCUUUCCCGUUUCCAACAUCCAUUGGGGCUGUGUCAGAAGGGAUUCCAUCUUUUGUUGCUACUCAAGUAGGAAACCUAAAAUCUAUGAGCCAGCAUGAAUAUCAAAAUCCUUCCCGUCUAGAUUUUGUCAAGCCUCAAAAUAGGAUUUCUCAGCAAGUAGAGCUGAAUUUACCGCCACCAGCAGAACAAACCAGUUCUGGUUCUUCUUUUGUUUCGGAACACCGAAGCUUUGGAAAAUCAGAUACAGUGGCAUCAUACAGGUCUAAAAGUGACAUGACCCCAACAGAUUCUGAACAUUAUAAGCAUCAGAUGACUACUAACGGGAUCUUCCCUGGUGGAUUUAGUAAUGGCAAAGUUUCUCCCAGUGUGAACAAUAGAAUGUUUGAUCUAUCUACUGAUGCUGCAAAUCAAAUGAGCCGCACAGCAACAACUUCACAACAACCCAUGAGAGAACAGAGUCAUGAAAGCCACAGCGAACAAGCACAGUUUAUGAGAAACUUCAAUGAGAAGGCUCGAACACAGCACAGCCCCACUCAUAAUCACCCUAAAGCUAAUAAUAUUCCACCUAAUGUCUCAUCACCACUAUCCGCAAGAAGUGAAGAUUCAAGCAAUGCUUCGGUAGCAGCAGCACGAGCAUGGAUGUCUAUAGGAGCUGGAGGGAAUAGUAAACAAACAUUUGAAAAUCAUAGUAUUCAGAAAAGCAGCCAGAUAUCUGCAGAGUCCUUGUAUAAUCCUUCAAGGGAACACCAACUUCACCAACAAGCUUUUACAUCGAGAGACCCCAAAGAGACACAGUUCCAUCCUCAAAUGAAUGGUUUCCCUUUCCAGACAUUGGUGCAGCAACAGCCUGUCCACGGGAUGAUGAACGGAGGAUCCCAACAACCAUUUCAGAACAACCGACCAAUUGUUUUCCCUCAGAUGGCUGCUCCAACUUCUGAUUUCACAAGAUUCCAUGUCCAGUCCCCAUGGCGAGGAGGCAUUACUCCACAAGUCCAGUUAAAGCACAGACAAGAGAAUCUCAAUCUCCCUCCAGAUUUGAACAUCGGAGUUCAUUCGCCUGAUUCUCCUGCAAAACAGUCUUCUGGUGUUCGUGUCGAUUCCCAACAGCCUGAUUUGGCGCUACAGCUCUAAAAAAAACAGCCAUCAAGAAGAAGCCUAACAAUUGCAAGGAGAAUCUUGAGUACCACUGUCCCAAGCAAAUGUUAUCGCCACAGCAUUUUUGUACUCAUCUUUGCAUCAGGUGAUAAAAGGCUGGAUAUGUAAUUGAUCGCUGGGGAAGAAAACGGAAACAAACAAAACCCAUAGAGCUGUUUAACCAGGUGAGUCGACAUGUGAAACAAUAUCUUGUACUUAGGCUUCUUUAUUUUUUUUGUGAUGUGGUUAGUUUUGGUUUGAGGUUCAAGCCGGUUUAGAGUCAUCAGUCUAGUGAUCAAAGAGUUGAAAUUGGAGAAUGUUUACUGAUAUCGACGCCCUGGUUAGCUAACUAUUUUCCUAACUUAGAUGUUCAGUCAAACCAAUCUAGUUCUCGAUUCACCUGAUUCCAUGAAGUCUUUGGUCUUCCUACACUUCUCUAUUUGUUAUAUAUAUAAAUGGAUUAUUAUAUUAUAUGAUAAUAAUAUGACCAUAGUGAAGGUUGUUUGGCCGA